CUUAUUCAUGUCGUUUUGUGAAUAAAGGUGUUCUUAAUUUAUAAAUAUGCUGAUGGCCAAAUUCUAAAAACAGACAGUAUCAAAUAGUAUCUCAAGAGGUGUGGGUACUAGUGAGGAUUCCCCGGAAAAUUAACAUACAACGCAUAACAAAGUUUAUGCCAGUAGAGGAAUGGACUAAGAGCUGCCGGAUGCAAAAAUGAUUGAAGAAGCUACAGCAAUAGUUGAAGAUCUCCAGAUUUCUCAAAUAUAUUUGCAGAGGGGAGGCAUCUUGGUGUCGGCUGUCUGUAGCCAUUUCUCGACACUUUGUGUUUUUGUCUUCGAUUUGUGGAUACAAUGGCAUAUGGUCAUUCUAUCACCAAUAGUCCUUCUGUUUAUUCUACCUGGUUUUAUACUAAUCUUGCUGUAUGGAACUGCAUUAUUUUUACACAUAUACCAACACAGAAGACGCCAAAUCUAUGAUGCUUAUGCUAGUAAUUUUUGGGAAGGUGCAAGAAGCUCGGUAGCUGCAUUUUAUGAUGCACAAGCAACACUCUGGCAUGGCUACGAGGCUCAUGGCCUUGAAAACAUUCCAGAUGAAGGAGGAGCACUUUUGAUUUACUACCACGGAGCUUUGCCUAUAGAUGUUUAUUAUAUGAUGGGACGAAUAAAGACAGCCAAAAAACGGAACCUUCGCAAUGUCGUUGCUGAGUUUCUGUUUUAUAUUCCAGGUUUUCAGAUAUUAAUGGAUGUUUUUGGCUGUGUCACUGGGCCAAUUGACGAGUGUGUGAGCAUUUUGAAAAAUGGUGAACUACUUGCGAUCUCACCUGGUGGCGUUAGAGAAGCGCUGUUUUCAGAUGAGAAUUAUAAAAUGAUAUGGAACUCGCGUAUAGGCUUUGCUAAAGUGGCUUUGAAAGCUCAAGUGCCUGUAAUUCCAGUAUUUACUCAGAAUGUAAGGGAAACCUUCCGAACUCUAAAGAUGGGGCGAAGGCUAUUUAGAUGGAUUUACGAAAAAACGAAAUGCCCGAUAGUGCCGAUAUGGGGAGGCUUUCCAGUAAAAUUGAGGACUUACUUUGGCAAGCCUAUCACUAUAGACCCGUCACAAAAACCAGAAGAGAUCGCGAGAUGUGUUCACAAAGAAAUACAUGCAUUGAUCACAGAGCAUCAAAAACUGCCAGGAAGCAUUCUCAGAGGCCUAAAAGAGAGAGUAUAUAACUCAAGUAGUAAAAAAGCAUAGAGCCUAGAAAGAGCCGACCCAGACAU